UCCUGACGGCGGGGGGGAGUUACGCAAGUCCAUGUGAGCGAUGCUCAAACCACAGGAUCCCGCGCUCACGAUGACUCCAUCCCGGGCGAGGUGGGGUGUCACCGGCAGGUCCGUCUCUUAUACCCCGCGCCAAGAAGAGCUGCUCAGACUGCUCUGGGACGUCUUCCACGCGCCGGCUGCUCCCAGCGAGGACUUGACGCCCGGCCAGGAUGGAGCUGGCAGCCGCCGCGACUCUGCUCCUGGGCCUGUGCUUUGCAGCUGUCAUCUUCCUCUCCGUGCUGAGGGGGCUGAAGCGGGGCGGGAAUCUGCCCCCGGGUCCGGCUCCUCUCCCCAUCCUGGGCAACGUGCUGCAGCUGCGGGCAAGCGCCCUGGUCAAGUCGCUGGAAGAGCUGGCAAAGAAGUACGGCCCCGUGUUCACGGUGCACCUGGGCCGCCGGCGCGUGGUGGUGCUGUGGGGCUACGAGGCGGUGAAGGAGGCGCUGGUGCAGCACGCCGAGGACUUCAGCGGCAGGGGGGAGCUGGCGGCCAUCGACCAGGUCGUCCGCGGCUUCGGGCUCGUCUUCUCCAACGGGGAGCGGUGGCGGCAGCUGCGGCGCUUCUCGCACUCGGCGCUGCGGAGCCUCGGCGUGGGCCGGCGGGACGUGGAGCAGCAGCUCCAGGAGGAGGCCGAGCGCCUGGUGCAGGAUUUCCAGGCCACCAAAGGCGCCCCGUUCGACCCCACGCUGUGCCUGAGCCAGGCCUCCUCUGCCGUCAUCUGCUCCCUCAUCUUCGGCCAGCGCUUCGAGAGGGACGACGCGCAGUACAUCGAGCUGCUGGCCAAGACCAACGAGGUCCUGGUGCUCACCAGCUCCACGUGGGGAGUGCUCUACGAGAUGUUCUCCCGCAUCCUGCGGUUCCUGCCCGGAGCCCAUCGCCGCAUCCGCCGCGACCUCGAGGACAUCGGCCGCUUCAUCGCCGAGAAGGUCCAGGAGCACCGGGCGACGCUGGAGCGCGAGCACCCGCGGGAUUUCAUCGACUGCUUCCUCGCCCAGAUGGAGAAGGAAAUCCUCAACCCCUCCGUGGAGCUGCACCUCGAGAACCUGGUUAUGACGGCCCUCAACCUCUUCUUCGCGGGCACCGUGGUCGUGAGCACCACCCUCCGCUAUGGCCUCCUGGUUCUCCUGAAGUACCCGGACGUGGCAGCCAAGAUCACGGAGGAGAUCGAAGAGGUGGUGGGGCGGGGGCGCCUGCCGGCCAUGGCGGACCGGAGCCGCAUGCCCUACACCAACGCCGCGCUGCACGAGAUCCAGCGCUUCUGCGACAUCGUCCCCCGCAGCCUCCCGCACGCCGUGACCCGGGACACGCGCUUCCGCGGCUACAACAUCCCCCAGGGCACAGACGUCUUCCCCGUGCUGAGCUCCGUGCUGCGGGACCCCAAGUACUUCAGCGAGCCCGACCGCUUCGACCCCGGGCACUUCCUGGAUGAGCAAGGCCAGUUCAAGAAGAACUGCGCCUUCCUGCCCUUCUCCGCAGGGAAGCGCAGCUGCCUGGGCGAGGGCCUGGCCAGCACGGAGCUCUUCCUCUUCCUGACCACGCUGCUGCAGAGCUUCACCCUGAGCUCCCCCGUGCCCCCCGCCGACAUCGACCUGAGGCCGCAGGCCAGCGGCCUCGCCAACAUGCCCCCGCCUUUCCAGCUCUGCGCGGCCCCUCGGGAGGAGCCGGAGCCGCUCCAAGCCCACGCGGGGACGGGGAGCGCGCGGCCGAGCCAUGAGACGUCCGAGUGAUGCAGUCGCCGGGCCAGGCCGGCAUUGCUCCUUGGGGACCCGCCUGGGGUCCGGGAGGGAAGUGUCUGGAGCCUGGGGUCUCCUCCACGUGCGUCCAUCGCCCGCCGCGAAGGGGCGGGGGCACGCGAGAUGCCGGCUGCGCGGACC